CACAAGGCUGAAGGAACAUUUUUUGAAAGGGAAAUGUCAUGUAAGCAGGUUGAGAGGGACCAUAACGAGCGAGGAGAUGCGGAGGAGGGAGAGAAUGAGGGAUGCUACAAUCAUAGAACUCGGGGGGGUGGUUCACGGUGCUGAUGAGGGACGGAACAGUUCUUCGGAAGGGGACGAGCUUGCCCAGGAUGAUGACACGCCUGCACCCGUUGCCACCGCUGCUGGUCCUUCUAAACUGCGGCAGACAAAAAUCAUCGAUAGCGCAGCGGUGGUGACGGCGAACGAGGAAGUCCCGCGCUCCAUAGAUGAUUGGAUGACAGCAGAAUGCAUCCCAUUCAACAUGAUGCGGAGCUGGUAUUGGGACAGGAUGGUUCAGAAGCUGAAGAAUGCGCCUCCCUCGUUCGAAUAUGCCAAGUACGACAAAGCAAGGACUGGAAGAGUUGACGUCACGCGAACGAGGGUGUCCGCGCGGGUUGACCGGCUGAAGCAAGAGUGGCCUACCGGUUGUAUGCUUCAACUUGAUGGGUGGACUGAUAGGCGGUCAAGAUCACACCUGAAUGUCAUGGUUUCGUUCCCGAAAGGCGCCAUCUUCUGGCGCAGUGUGUGCAUGCAGCGGUGUGAUAAAGGCGCAGCAGCGUACUUCGCAAUUCUAUCGAGGGCUAUCCGUGAGGUGGGGGAGGACGCAGUGGUAGGGGUUGUUAUGGACAAUGCGGUUGUGUGCGCAACUGCUGGCCGGAUGGUAGAGUCAGAGUUCGAACAUAUUUUUUCCAUGCCAUGCACAACGCACAGCAUUGAUUUAAUGUUCGAGGCGUUCGGCAAGAUCGGCUGGGUGGAUGUGCUGCUUAAGAGAGCGGUAGAAGUCACAAAGUUCUUCAUGAACCACUUGAAAGUGCGUGACUUGCUGCUGGUGUACUCGGGAGGAGAUGGUCUUGCGAGGCCAGGUGCAACCCGGUUUGCUACAAACUUCAUCAUGUUGGAGAGUCUCGAAAAAUUGUACCUACCGCUACGGUCUUGCAUCACGGAUGACGAUUGGAAGGAGGCCAUUGUCCUCCUCUCACACCGCCGGUUGUUUCACACUGCGACGAACGAGGUGCUCGAUAACGGGUUUUGGGCUGGUGUGCAAAAGGUGAAGGAGACAUCCAAUGAUUUGCUGCCCCUGUUGAAGUUUACAGAUGGUGCAGGACCUAGGAUCAACCAAGUGUAUGGUCGGAUGGACGAGGCAGUGGAGAAUUUGAGGAAGAAUGAAUUCCUCUUGGAGAUGGAGAAAGACAAACUGGAGGAAAUCAUUAUGCGCAGGUGGAACACGAUGACAUCUCCACUUCAUUGUGCGGCAAUGUUUCCGGACCCGGAGUUCCUAACCGUGAGAUUGGACAAGGAUACGGAGGUGAUGGAUGGAUUCUGGACGUGGUUGUACUCAUGGGCGAAGCCAAAGUCAUACAAGGUGUUGGACGAGGAGGUGAACAAUUGGAUUGAGGGAACAGGGAAGUUUAACUCCGAGGAGGCGGUUUCAAGUGCACGUGGUGCCCAGCCUGCGAGGUGGUGGAGGAGAUGGUGCGCCGAAUUACCCAUCCUGCAGCGGCAAGCAAUUCGUUUGUUGGGACAAGGGACCUCUGCAUCCAGCUGUGAGAGGAACUGGAGCCUCUUCGAGAGGAUACACUCAAGACCGCGCAACAAGUUGGGUGCUGGCCAGCUAAGCAAGCUCGCCCGAGUGGAGGAGUGGAGAGCCAGGUUGCAUCGCGACUUGGAGGAGGAGGAGUCAGAUGAUGAUGACACCGACGACGACAGUGAUCCGGACUCUGGGAGCGAUGAUGGCAAUGAUGUUGAUGAUGAAGGGUGGCACCAUGGACACAUGUCACAGCAGCGAGCUUCAUCGAACGUGUUGGAGCUUGAAAGGGCCAUCAAUGCGGAGCAGCAGUCUUGGAGGAAGUGCACACGACCCUCCAAGUAUCUAGCUCACCUUCAUCUGGCUGAGUCUCAGCGUGGUGCGAAGAACAUCACAGCCGAAAAUGCUGAGAAGUACACGAGCGUCCAGCCCUUGCAUGCGCUCCGCUUGCAAAGCCUCCAAGCAAGAGAGGGCCAGGGCGACCGCGAAAGGUGCAGCGGGCAAACAACACACCGGGAGAUGAGGAGGAGGGGAUUGAAGGUGUAGAAUUUGUAGAUCCUGCAGAAGCAUCCAAGCGUGCAUCCGCAUCCACGCACGUGAGUGAUGCGGAUGCAGAGGAGAAGGAGAAAAGUGCAGAUUCGUCCACUGACUGUGAUUCGGAAUCAAAGCCACUGGCCAAA